AGUAAUGCUGGAAAGAUUUCUGAGCAGAGCUGUAGGGCAGAGGAAGCAGCAUAGGAAUUCCAGAAACCUUAGGACCACAAAGACAGGAAGAUGCCGAGGCCCCAUCUCCAUCCCUCCAUCCCCCAGCCCCGGGGCCAAGGGGCUCAGAAGGCUGCCUGUGUCCUGUUGAGCCUCUGCCUGGUCAUUAUAUAUAUCCACGGGGAACCAGCUGCCCACACCCUCCAGUGGCUGCUGUUCUCCUUCACUUCUGUGCAGGUAGGGCUGCUGCUGAAGGGGGCCUGCUGCCUGGCUGAGGAACUGAGUCAUAUCCAGUCCAGGUACCACGGUAGUUACUGGCAGGCAAUACGAGCCUGUACGGGCUACCCACUCCAGCGAGGAGCCCUGUUGCUACUCUCAGGAUAUUUCUGUGUCACCUUCUCCUGUAAGCCAAGCCCAUCUCUCACCUGGGUUUUUGCCUUGCUGGGCCUCUCUCAAGCACUGAGCUUCAUCCUAGGAUUCCAGAGCCUGAGUCCAGCUGAGAUCUCUGAAGUCUGUGAAAGGAGACAUCUCAAUGUGGCCCAUGGACUGGCCUGGUCAUAUUAUAUUGGGUACUUGAAGCUGAUCCUGCCUGGGCUCCAGGCCCGAAUCCAAGUUUAUAAUCAGUUCAACAAGGAUGUCUUAAGAAGUCCUAAGCUCCACAUCCUCAUCCCUCUGGAUUGCAGGAUCCCUGAUGACCUGAGUCAGGCUGACCCUAACAUUCACUUCCUUCAAGAACUGCCCCAGCACAGAGUCGACCGGGCGGGCAUUAAAGGCAGGAUCUAUAGCAACUGCGUCUAUACAAUCUGGGAAAAUGGGAAGCAGGCUGAAGUCUGUGUCCUGGAGUUUGCCACCCCACUGCAGACCCUAUUUGGCAUGUCCCAGGAUGCACGGGCUGGCUUUAGCCGGGAGGACCGCCUGGAGCAAGCCAAACUUUUCUGCCGGACACUGGAAGACAUCCUUGAGGAUGCCCCUGAGGCCCGUGACUGCUUUCGCCUCAUCGUGUACCAGGAGCCUGAGGAUCGAGCUCUGAGCAACUUCUCUUUGUCUAAAGAGAUUCUUCGUCACCUUCGGCAGGAGCGGCAAGAAGAGUUUGUUAUAGGGCCUGAAAGGGCCGUGGGUAUGGCCAUAUCCUCCACCUUGUCCCAGGAGCCCCAGCUCCUCAUCAGUGGCACAGAGCAGCCACUCUCCCUCCGUACUGAUGGUUUCUAAGCAACAAACUCACCCUCUUACAACUUGGAGUAAGGCCAGGGACCAAAGGGACCUCUCUGCCCCAAAACCCAAGAAACCCUGGCCCUGGUCCUCUGGUCAGCCCAUCGCUGUGGGCCAGGCAUCUUCAAAUGCUGGAGACCCAGCAAUGCUGCUGACCCGUCUGACCUUACACUGAGAACAGUUUGGGACAGAAAUAUUGUUCAUCCUCCCCAUCCCUAACUCUGGGACCUGGGCUUCUUUACCUUUUCUGUGUCCUGGAUCCCUUUGGCAGUAUGGUGAAGCCUAUGAAUCCCUUCUCAGAAUGCAUAAAAUAAAACACAUAGAAUUAAA